CUACUUGCUUAACUGUCGAUUGACUAUCAACAUAACAUAAUGUCUCUUUUUUGUAAAUAAUUGUAAGCAUUCACUUUUCCCUGCACCUGCUGAUAAUUUAUAUAGCGCAAAAGCAGGUUGCUGGGAAUAUCUACUUCACAAACACUGGCUCGCUGUAAGAGCAGUAUUUUCGUGGGGCGCAAAUUGCGAGUUCGACCAUAAACUAUAUGAAUUCGAUCGAUUAAUCCAGGGUGCUCAAUACGUCGAUUGCGAUCUACCAGCCGAUCGCCAAGGUCGUGUGGGUAGAUCGCCGUGUCUCGUCUCGGACUCGCGUUUGGACUCGGUCUUGUCUCUCACUCAAGGUCUGACACACAACAAGUGCGAUCAUAUUUCAUUACGGCCGCUGCUGUGGCAAUAAACUUGUACCGGGGUGCAGGAGCGUGUGGGGCGUCUCAGUGCAGCCUGUGCGCUCAUUUGAAACCCGCGGAGACUCUACGACAAAUACACACGCUCCCUAUGCACGGCUUGUCUGCAACAGCGUGUACCCUCGUGUACCAGCGUGUAUCACAGGGCAGAUUAAACUUCCUAAACAUCCUACCUGUCCAUCUGCCUCACGUCAGCACGCCGCCCCUCGCCUUUUCACGCUCUCGCUCCUUCCUGCGUACAGUGAAAACAAGCCCCUUUCACAGUGCGCGCUGAUUAGAAGAGGAAGACGAAGCGUGAAGCAAAAACGAGUCUAAAUUUGUGUUACAGUGUUGGCACAAAGCAGGUCUACAGCAUAGAGCAGACCUACAGAACAGAGUUACUGCGACAUUUGGCUGAAGUUCGCCUAACAAAAGUGCACAAAUGCAUCUGUGUUUGUCACGAUGUGCGUUUGGUUUGGUAAACGUGCAGAGGCUGGUAAAUAUCACUGCAAAACCAGAAAAGAAUGCAACUCCAGUUUGGAACUUUAAAAAAACAGGAUUAAAAAUCUUUCUUCACUUUUUUCACAGUUUUGUGUAAAGUGCCAGAGGAAGUUCUCUUAAAGAAGGGGUUCUCAAACUGUGGGUGAGGGUCCAAAAAAGGGGCACAGAGUGUUUCAGUGCAGUUUGACUUGGUCAUUUUGUAUGUAGCCCGCAUGCUGAAAAAGUGUGAGCACCCCUGGAUUAAUCUCUAAGAGGUUAUUUUUUCUCCGAGAACUUGAUAAAUCUCGCGUGGAUAGUCCUUUGAGAUUGAACGGAAGCCGCAAUAGGUCAGUUCUACUCCGCGUGCGCGUGCUCCGGGCUCAUUUGAAGAAGCGCUGCGAAAAAUCGGAGGAGCGGCCCAGUUCCCAUCUACCGAUUUGAAGUCAUCAUUGAUGGAGUGGCAGCCAGAUGAGCAGGGACUUCAGCAGGUCCUCCAGCUGCUCAAAGACUCCCAAUCUCCCAACACCGUCACACAAAGAGCUGUCCAACAAAAACUCGAACAACUUAACCAGUUUCCUGACUUUAACAACUAUCUUAUCUUUGUACUUACACGUUUAAAAACUGAAGAUGAGCCAACCCGUUCUUUGAGCGGUCUUAUUCUAAAAAACAAUGUCAAAGCACAUUACCAGAAUUUCCCCCCAGCAGUUGCAGACUUCAUUAAGAAGGAAUGUCUCAACAGCAUUGGCGACCCUUCACCGCUCAUUCGUGCCACAAUCGGUAUACUUAUCACAACUAUUGCCUCAAAGGGGGAACUACAGACAUGGCCAGAGCUUCUACCACAGCUCUGCAACUUGCUUAACUCUGAAGAUUACAACACAUGUGAGGGCUCGUUUGGAGCACUGCAGAAGAUCUGUGAGGACUCGUCUGAGCUGCUGGACAGUGAUGCGCUUAACAGACCACUCAAUAUCAUGAUCCCAAAAUUUCUGCAAUUCUUCAAGCACUGCAGCCCAAAAAUCAGAUCCCAUGCCAUAGCCUGUGUGAACCAGUUCAUCAUUGGGAGAGCCCAAGCUUUGAUGGACAAUAUUGACACUUUUAUUGAAAGCCUGUUUGCGCUGGCAGCAGAUGAGGACUGUGAAGUUAGAAAAAACGUUUGUCGAGCCCUUGUCAUGCUACUGGAAGUUCGUGUUGAUCGUCUUAUCCCUCACAUGCACAGUAUAAUCCAGUACAUGCUGCAGCGUACUCAGGACCCUGAUGAGAAUGUGGCUUUGGAAGCCUGUGAGUUUUGGCUAACACUGGCAGAGCAACCCAUCUGCAAGGAAGCCCUCUCUGGGCAUUUGGUGCAAUUAAUACCCAUUUUGGUAAAUGGAAUGAAAUAUUCAGAAAUUGACAUCAUACUACUGAAGGGCGAUGUAGAGGAGGAUGAAGCGGUACCAGAUAGUGAACAGGACAUUAAACCCCGUUUCCAUAAGUCGCGCACUGUCACCCUUCAGCAUGAAGGUGGUGAAGCUGAGGAGGAUGAAGAUAUUGAUGAUGAUGAUGACGAUGAUGAUACAUUGUCUGACUGGAACUUGAGGAAGUGCUCUGCUGCAGCAUUAGAUGUGCUGGCAAAUGUGUUUCGCGAUGAGCUUCUCCCUCACCUCCUGCCACUCCUGAAAGGCUUGCUGUUCCACCCAGACUGGGUUGUUAAGGAGUCUGGUAUCCUGGUGCUGGGAGCUAUAGCUGAAGGCUGCAUGCAGGGCAUGGUGCCAUACCUGCCAGAGCUUAUCCCUCACCUCAUCCAGUGUCUUUGUGACAAGAAGGCCCUGGUGCGCUCCAUUGCUUGCUGGACUCUGAGUCGCUAUGCACAUUGGGUGGUGUCCCAGCCCCCUGACUCCUACCUCAAACCUCUUAUGACAGAACUCCUAAAACGAAUUCUGGAUGGCAACAAGAGGGUGCAGGAGGCUGCAUGCAGUGCAUUUGCUACAUUAGAAGAGGAGGCAUGUACAGAAUUGGUACCGUACCUGGGUUUCAUCCUGGACACUUUGGUCUUUGCCUUUGGAAAAUACCAACAUAAGAAUCUUCUUAUCCUGUAUGAUGCUAUUGGGACUUUGGCAGACUCUGUGGGACACCACCUCAACCAACCAGAGUACAUUCAGAAACUAAUGCCCCCACUCAUUGCCAAAUGGAAUGAGCUCAAGGAUGAAGACAAGGAUCUCUUCCCACUUCUAGAAUGCCUGUCUUCAGUCGCGACAGCCCUGCAGAGUGGUUUUCUCCCGUAUUGUGAACCAGUGUAUCAGCGCUGUGUUACACUUGUACAGAAGACACUAGCUCAGGCAAUGAUGUACAGCCAGCAUCCAGACCAGUAUGAAGCUCCAGACAAAGACUUCAUGAUUGUGGCCCUGGAUCUCCUAAGUGGUUUGGCUGAAGGUUUGGGGGGCCACGUGGAGCAGCUGGUGGCCCGCUCCAACAUCAUGACCCUACUUUUUCAAUGCAUGCAGGAUACUAUGCCUGAGGUAAGGCAGAGUUCUUUUGCUCUUCUGGGUGACUUGACAAAGGCCUGCUUCCCGCAUGUUAAGCCAUGCAUUGCUGAGUUUAUGCCCAUAUUGGGACUUAACCUAAACCCAGAGUUUAUUUCGGUGUGCAACAAUGCCACUUGGGCAAUUGGGGAGAUCUCUAUACAGAUGGGUACAGAGAUGCAGCCUUAUGUAGGUAUGGUUCUGCCACAUCUGGUGGAAAUUAUUAAUAGACCCAACACACCCAAGACCCUCCUGGAAAACACGGCCAUUACAAUUGGUAGACUGGGUUAUGUUUGUCCUCAGGAAGUAGCUCCACAGUUGCCCCAGUUCAUUAGACCAUGGUGUUCUUCAUUGAGAAAUAUUAGAGACAAUGAGGAGAAAGACUCUGCCUUUAGAGGGAUUUGUGUCAUGAUUGGUGUCAACCCAGGCGGCGUUGUGCAGGAUUUCAUCUUCUUUUGUGAUGCUGUAGCAUCGUGGGUAAGCCCUAAGGAUGACUUGAGAGACAUGUUUUAUAAGAUUCUGCACGGCUUUAAGGAUCAAGUUGGGGAAGAAAACUGGCAGCAGUUUUCUGAACAGUUCCCUCCUUUACUAAAGGAGCGUCUUUCGGCCUGUUAUGGCGUCUAACCUGUUUUCCCGAGUCCAUACAGGACACUGACCUGCUAGGUUAUCGUGGGGGAGGGUUACAGCGAACUCAUUGCACUAGCCAUGUCAUCGGGAGAAACAUGAGCUGAAGGGAUGGGGCUGGCCUUGACUGUCCACUCAGCGGAUGUCCUACUUCUUCCCACCCCUGUGCACCCUGUGUUUAUCUGUGAGGGAGGGGGGGGAAGGGUAGAGGGUGUGGGAGGGUACACUCGGGUUAUACAGUACAUAUACCUCUCAGAUUCAAUGCCUCGCUAAAUACAUUACGUUCAAAAGUGACUUUAGCAAACCACACCAUAAGGGUUUUUAAAUCAUGAGGGAAAAGUCUGGUUUCAAAUGUUCCCUUGGCUAAAUAGGUGUUUAUGCUACAUGACCUGCUGGAGGGGUAUGGAAGGGUACAUAAAUAUAUUCUGAACCAGCAAUAGGAUGUCAGUCCCAAAUAUUGCCUGUUGUCAGUAGAUUGACACAGGUGUUACCCGGGGCAUAAAAAUGUGCUUUUACAUUUAAUAUUGCAGGAAAUGUCAUUCUUGACAAUGUAACAGCCAAACCAUAUGUUGUGCUUAUGAAUCUACAUGUUAAUUUCGCCAACUUUAGUUUGCACCCUUUUCUUGUUGGAAGAAAUUUCAAUCCAUUGCAGUACAACUCUUCUGCAUGGUUUUGAUCACCUCCAAAUUAAUGCAUGUUUGAGUGAAUGUCUCCUCAGUUAUGACGAGUUGGUAUAUUAGAUUUUUUGUCAUUAUGAGGGAUGCCAUAGUUUAAAGAUGGUUUUGUUGCGGUCCCUUUCAGUAUUUAGGGAGUACAAUAUAGUUUUAAAGAGGCUGAUCAAGAAGACUAUAGAUAUAAUUUAAGAGACUUUUCAUUUGAUCAUUGACUAUACUGUAGGCAAGUGGAGAAUCCUAAUGCUGCUACUGCUUCAUUUAGUAUUUACAAAAUGUUAUGACAGCGAUUAGACAUCACAAAGAAUGAAUUGGUUCAUCCUGAUAAAUGCACUUUUUCUUAAGAAAUUUAGAAUUAAAACUGCAAAGACAGUUGUACUCAUUUUUGAGAUAGUUUUUGAUAAGUGAUUUUAGGAUUGUUAAUGGCUUGCUAAACUAAGCCUUAUAUUAAGCAAUGGUUAAUGACUAGAGAUAUGACAUGAGCCCUCAUAGUUUUCUAAUGUAGCUUACACAAUGACUUACAUAGCAUUUAUAAAGAAAGGACACAUCAAUAUUUCAAACUUGCAUCAGUCAGUGCAUAUCUGGCUUGUUAUAUCGGCAAAAUGAUUUUGUUCACCUACGAGGGCUUCUUUUUGUCACGAAUGUUGCAUGCUAUAUUUCUUUAAUUUUAUUGGUCCUUGUAGAGGACCAUGCCUAAGAGCUUUGUUAAUGGCAAUGUAAUGCACUGCUGGAGAAGAUGCUACUCCACCUCCUGAUAUUAUUAUAGUGUUUGCAAUGCCAUAUACUCAUCCGUUAAAACUGUGUAGGAUAAUGCCACAAAUGUGAACAGUCUGUCCCUUCUGGACAAAAGAUGACUAAACUAAAAGCAGUGGUCUUUAUCCAGCUUUACCUGACAUUGUCCAUAGUGGAUGACUGUAAUUGAAGUACUAUGGCUUUUUGCCUUUGGUGUUUUAUUACAAAUAUACGGUGUGUACCUAGAUGUACUUUAGUACCAGUCCUACUGUGAGGUUGUUUAGGUUUCUGGAGUGUCACCGUUUCCCUCCGUCGAGGAUCACAUCUAAAGACUGUAGAUCGCCCUAUAGACCUUUUUAUAAGCUGAGCCUCGACACCCCCUCUGCCUUUUCGAAGUUGUGCAUUAAUCAUUUUAGCAAUUGAAAUUUUUACCUGUCUGUGAAGUUGAUGCUUCAGUGGCUCGGUCUCCUGUGUCGUCUUUGUAUGUGCUCCAAGGCAAAGCUCAGACCAGAGGUAGCUUAUCACUGAUAACAAGACUAUAAAAUUCAGCUUUUUACAUGUUUUUUUUUUAUUUAUUUUUUUUUUAUUUUUUUGUGCUAUAGAGCACAAAUUAUUUUGGACUUUAAAAGUUUUUUCAUUUUCUUUUUAUUUAAAGAUUUUUUUUUUAAUAGCGGACCAUUUGAAUCUGCCAGAUUUGAUGUAGUUACACUAAAGCAAGUCUGUGCUUGGCGCAUACCUUGAAGAUGACACAUUUGCUUAACCAAUCCAUUUGUUUAUCAAGGCUAGCAUGUACUGUUUCUUAGCUUGACUGUGCUGCAGGUGGGAUGUUGUCUGAUGUAUCCCUUUUUAUUUAAUUCUUGUGCAUAGGAGCGAAUAAAGUGUUUUAUAAAUCUUGA